CCGACAAUAAUGGCCGCUAUGCGAACACUUGGAGUCAUAUUUAGGAGUUUGUCGUUGUCUUACGCUCAACGAAAUGUUCUUUUGCGAUGUCCGGUGAAGGAUCAACAUUCCGCGCGCAGAGGAAUAGCGGUUGCCGUAGGCGUCGUGGCUGGAGGAGCGGUUGUAUAUUAUUACUAUUCACAAAUGGACGGAUCCAGAGGGAGGAUAGCCCAUAUUAACCGAACAGACUGUCGGGCUCUGCUGCCUUCACUGCCCGCUGUAGCCGCCAAGGAGAAGGCACAAACAUUUGAUUUUGACGAAAGUGACGUGCACAUGUCAUCUCAUGAGCAUCGCUUCCGUCUCUUCAGCUCGGUGGAGUACGAGGGGCAGCUGUACAUGACUCCUCAGAACUUCAUCGAGUCAGUCACCAUGAGUGAGCCCCGCAACAAGAAACCGUGGAGAUCCCUCACCAAACAGGAGCUGGAGAAGAUCUUGUCCGACACUCCACCAGUGUGGAAAGGAACAUCCAAGUUGUUCCGGAACCUUCGGGAAAGAGGCAUCAUCGCUUACACGGAAUAUCUCUUUCUGCUCUGCAUUCUGACAAAACCUCAUGCAGGAUUUAAGAUUGCCUUUAACAUGUUCGAUGCUGACGGUAACCAGAUGGUGGAUAAACGGGAGUUUCUUGUGCUUCAGGAAAUCUUCCGCAAGAAAAAUGAGAAGAAAGGAAGGAAAGGGGAUGCAGAGAAAACCGCUCAACUGAGUAUGCAGCUCUAUGGAUAUCAGGUUGCCCCAGUGAACAGCGUGCUAAAAAAAGACAGUCAGGAGUUUGUGCCCAGGAGCUACUGGGACAUGCUGAGACGUGGCGCGAGCCAAGCCCUCUUUUCUGACCUGGCAGAGCGUGCCGAUGAAAACAUGAUGAUUGACACCACUCUGCUUGUGCACUUCUUUGGCAAGAAGGGAAAGGCGGAGCUAACAUUUGAUGACUUUUACAGAUUCAUGGAUAAUCUGCAGACUGAGAUGUUGGAGAUUGAGUUCCUGACCUAUUCUAAAGGCAUGACCACCAUCAGUGAGGAGGACUUCGCCCGAAUCUUGUUGCGAUACACUAAUGUAGAGGAUAUCCGCAGCUAUCUGGAGAAUGUGCGUCAGUGCAUACCUGAUGAAAAGGGCAUCACCUUUGAUGAGUUUAGGUCUUUCUUUCAAUUUCUCAAUAACCUUGAAGACUUUGCCAUUGCCAUGCAGAUGUACAACUUUGCUUGCCGUUCCAUUGGACAAGAUGAGUUUGCACGGGCGGUGUAUGUCGCCACAGGCCUAAAGCUGACCCGUCACCUGGUUAACACCAUCUUUAAGAUCUUUGACGUGGAUCAUGAUGAUCAGCUUAGUUACAAAGAGUUCAUCGGUAUCAUGAAGGACCGGCUUCACCGUGGAGGCAGGGGCUACAAGGCUGUAGAGCGUUUUACUUCCUUUAGGUCAUGUCUGAAGAAGGAACUGGCUGGCAGCAGGUGAAUGAAGGACCUGGAUUUUCUCACAAAGAAACAGAUUUGUCUGCUGGAAACGUAGAGAGAAGGCAUUUUGCUAGAGAUUCCAUUGAUCUACCUCUUCCUCUUCCUCUUCUCAUCCUCUUCUGAUCUUGAAACCUGG